UCGGUUGAGCUGGGCGAUGAAGCGGAAGGCGGUGCCUACAGGGAUGGAGAGAACCGAGAGGGCAGAAGAAGAUGGACCUGGCCGUAGCAACGUCAGCAGCAAUUGCGCAGUCCCCGGCACGAGCCGGAUCCAAGUGAGGGUGAACGGAGCGCCACUGACCUUCGCGACCGACGAGGUCAUCCCUGGCGAUAUCCCGGGCCAACAAAGAGUCCGUCCCCCCAUCGGGGAUGCGUCGCCCCCUGCAGCCCCAGCCUUUGUUCGGCCCUCCUCCGUCUCGUCAUUGGGCAGCCUGGACGUUGCUGAUCCUCCCCUCGCCAGGGCGCUUAACGGUGAGUGCCUCCUGUCUGUCCAGGCCACCAUGUCACCACGCUCACCUCCUCUCUCGUAGCCCCUGCCGGCGUCUCCAGCCUCUCUCUCCCAUCCACCGUGGGCGAUUACCACACCGCUGGCAUGGAUGUCGCUCCCGGCGAGGACCGAGCCAUGCUGAGCCCGUAUCACAGUCAGCCCCAGGCCCAUUCGCGCGUCAGCAGUGUGUCGACCCUCGCGGCGAGUCGGCAGUCGAGCCGCGCAACGGCCGGAGCAGGAGCAGGCGCAGAGGCAAGCGCCCCUGCGCGAUCCCCAGAGGCCUCGCCGCACGCACGCCUGGCUGCGAUGAAACAGAAGUAUGGCGGCAAGAUCCGGGACAUCCGCCGCAUCUCGCUGGGGCCCAGCAGCCCAUCGGAGCCCAAGCCGGCGCCGUACAAGCACGCCCUGGAUCGGCUGACAGGCCUUCUCCGCACAAAUCUCCGUCCCCACAAGUCCAAGCCGGACGGAUCCAAGCACGCAUCGUCCUCGAGGCCUGAAACCCCCGCUGCGCUGCCGUCAUCGUCGGUGUCUCGUCGCCCGGUGCCCUCAUCCUCAUCGUCAUCGUCGCUCUCCCGCCACGGCCACCCGCCGUCCCACACGCGCUUCUACUCACUCGACCAUCGUCUCCCUCUGAUCCGCUCCUCCUCCGCGCUGUCCAACCCACGUUCCAAGCCUGCCAGCACCGACGAUCUCCCCCGCACCGCAUCCGGCAUCCCCCGCAUCCCCACCCCGGACUCCUUCCGCCAGGCCCAAACCCAACCCCUCAUGCUGUCGACCCCCGUCCUGCCCAUUCUCACUCCUGCCCACUCCCAGCCCGACUACUUCUCCUUCAUCGGCCCCAGCCAUGCUCGUUCCGCCGACGACCCGCCCCCGGAACGCGGUCGCGGCAACGUCCGCGAGUACGUCCAGGACCUGCACUUCCGCUCCCGCAGUCCGAAGGAAUCCGCGCCCCGUCCGGAUGAGUUCUCUCUCCCGGUGACAGACCAGACCGACCCGGCGAUCGGGCUGGGACGGUUUGCCCUGAAUCCGCGGACCAGUCGCGUAGGCGAUCAGGAGUUGCCGUGGAAGCUGACGAUCCCGGGUUUGGGGGGAGAUGUGGAUGUGGAUGAGCGUGAGGCGCGGGGAGGGCUGACCGUCGUGCCGGGGAUAGCAUCGACCACCCUUGCCCAUGAAUACUCCCAUGCCCACGCCCAUCACCAGAAAAGGGACCACAGAUUCCCCCCCGAGCAGGGCAUCUCCACCCUAUCCCCCAUCCCCGAACCGGCCACGGAAGAAUCUCCGCGCGAAACAGCCCCUCUUUUCUCUCUUCCUCUCCAAACAACCUCCCUCUCCGUCUCACCUUUCCCAUCGACCUUCCUGUCGGCCACUCCCUCUCCUCCUUCAACUACUUCGCCGUCUCAAUCGGCAACCCCCACUCCAGAUCACCAUUACCAUUCUCAUUCUCUCCCGGAAUUACAUUCGAAGCCCCUCUGCAAAGACGCCCCUUGCUCGACGACGAGUCUUCCCCAUACUAUCCCCCCGCAUCCGCGUCUCCCGCCACCACCACCACCACCACCGCCUCCAUCGAUUUCGCCUCCUUCGGUUCCGACGAUCCAGACUCAGGCUGAAGGGGAAGAGGAAGAAAAGGAGCAGGAUAAACCCCUGUCUCAACCUCCACCUCCACGUCAAAUACAAGUUCUAGUUGAGCUUCAACCCCAACCACAAUCUCACUCUCAUGACCAUGGUAAUGGUAAUGGUAAUGGUAAUGGUCACGAUCUCGAUCACGAUCCAUCAAGACAACGAAUCCCAUCUCCCACUGAAACCGAUAUCGAGAAAUACACCCCUUUCCCCCUCCAACCUCCACUCCAACCCCAUCCUCACGAUCAGGAUAAGAGUCAUCCUACCGACUCCACCACCACCACUACCAAUCUCAACCCUCAUUCCACUGAACCCCCCGCUCCAGUCACCGACCAAGAACGCAGUCCACGCAGCGAGAGGGUGAGAGAACGUAAAGGUGAGUGUGAGGAUGAAAAUGAGAAUGGUAAUGAAAGCGAAAGCGAAAGCGAGCCCGAAAUCAUCAUGUCGAGCACCGCCUAUCCCGGACAGGAGUGGCGGCCUGCCGGGUAUAUGGGGUAUGAAUAGGUCGAUCAACCCGACCCGACUAAUCCGGGAUGUGGGAUGUGGGAUGUGGUGUUUUUUUUGCGGG